CAGCCUUUGCGAAAUCCAGAGUUCCAUACCAAAGUACAACUGAACAUGAAUGUUUCACUGAAAACUACAAAAGACUGUUCUCUUCCCCUGUAUCAAGGUAUUGCUUUGAUGACAGCCAACGCCACUGUGUGCGUAUUUGGUUCACUCGGCAACUUACUAGUUUGCUUUGCCAUUGCCACAAAUCCUCGACUUCGUCGAUGCUCAAACUACCUUCUGUUCAGCUUAGCCGUUGCAGAUUUGAUCGUCACCUUGGUAUGUGAGCCCCUCCUUUUGGAAAUGUUCUACAAUCGAACAUUUGUUCGCGAGUGCAAACCAAGCCUGGAAAGACUGUAUUCUAUUUUAACCAAUCUCUCCUGCUCCGCUUCAGUGGUUCAUUUGGCCUGUAUUAGUGUAGAUCGAUUUAUCGCCGUUGUGUUUCCUCUGCACCACGAAAUCGUCAUGAAGAGAUGUGGGUUAAAGAUUAUGUUGAUAGCAUCUUGGGCAUUCCCAAUUUCAGUGCCCAUUCUAAUGGUUGUUCUCCCACCUUCCUUUCCCAAAGGGUUCUUGGCGAUUGCUUCAUUUGCCUUCAGCUAUUUUGUUGUCAUUUUCUCAUACCUUUUGAUUAUGGUGUUCUUGCUCAUCCACAAGCGAAAAAGGAAGCGGCUACGGGCUCGGGCAGUUUCUGUUGAUCCUUCACCACACAUGGAGAUCCGUGUUGCCUGCACGCUGGCCAUUGUCAUCGGCGUUUUCACGGCUUGUUGGGUCCCGGUAAUGACCGCAUUGUUUGCUGCCGGUAAAUCAUUGAUGAAGCGAAACGGCCCUCUACACAUGUGGCUCCGGACCUUGGCUCUGUCGAACUCAGCCAUGAAUUUUCUGAUUUACUCUGUAAGAAUCCGUGACUUUAAAGACUCAUACGCAGCUAUCUUUCGAAAGAUGUGCCGUCUGUAGAGUUUGUUGCGAACCUAACUGAUAAAUACUUGCAUGAUGUCGCCAAUAUGUACAUGACAUUCUUUAAGGUGCAGAAGUUCUCGAUUCCUUUGCUAUGUCAUUAAAAUAACUUUAAUUACUUAGCAGGAUUUACAAUAACAACUCCUUACAAGGCUAUUUUCUCAUUUUACACGUUUAUACUCAGAGUAUUAAUUGCCCUUGGCAGUUCAANGUGGCUCCGGACCUUGGCUCUGUCGAACUCAGCCAUGAAUUUUCUGAUUUACUCUGUAAGAAUCCGUGACUUUAAAGACUCAUACGCAGCUAUCUUUCGAAAGAUGUGCCGUCUGUAGAGUUUGUUGCGAACCUAACUGAUAAAUACUUGCAUGAUGUCGCCAAUAUGUACAUGACAUUCUUUAAGGUGCAGAAGUUCUCGAUUCCUUUGCUAUGUCAUUAAAAUAACUUUAAUUACUUAGCAGGAUUUACAAUAACAACUCCUUACAAGGCUAUUUUCUCAUUUUACACGUUUAUACUCAGAGUAUUAAUUGCCCUUGGCAGUUCAAUAUACAGUAUUACUGAAUAUGCAUGUCCAAUUUAGAGCAAUUUUGCCGCCUUACCUUAUUUUUGUUUUCAGUUUAUUGAGUAUCGCUCGCAGUUAUAACAGAUAAGCACCUUGAGGUAUUUGCUAUUGAUCUGGAGGACUCGUGAACGCAGCACUAACUCUAAUUCAGGGCGAGUCAGUAAAAAUGACUGAUGCAAUACAUGAUUAUAAUGAAUGAUGCUAAUUUAAUGAGGAAAUUGAUCGAAAAAAGAUGAUGGCAAUAACAAUCCAUCCAGAUUAAAGUUAAGAAUAAGUGCUACUUUCUUAUGAUGGCUUUUGUGGCCGGUAGAAUUAGUUUCGGAUCAGUCAUGGUCUGCUCUGCGAGGUAAAUAAAAAAUACUUAGAGAAAAUAUUGUUAGCAAGGUAAUACUAAUAUUAUGCAGCUCUUGUAGUUGUCAAUCUGGCUGAUUUAAGUGCAGUGUUCUUAUCAAUUGACCUUUUGAGAGUUUCAGAAUGUAAGUUUCUUUCUUACGUCAACAGACUGUAUGCGGGUAUUUCGACGUAUCUAGUCAGUUAGUAAAAUCCAACUGGUCUAUUAUCAAUGCUGCGUUCUGACUGGUUGAGCUAUUACUAGGCUUUAUUAUAUGGAAGAGAGUGUUUUACUGGGAACUAAACCACUCAUAGAUUCCAUACGCCACUUCAUACUUCAUCACUUCAUACGCCGGGACCCGAGUGGCGUAUUUUCCGUAUGUCACCUUUGUGAUUGUCGUAUCGUUCAAUGACGUCACGAUUCGCGCAUUUUGCUUUUGUUGAAUUGGUUUCUCCUUAUAAUAAAAAGAACAUUACACUUUGGCUCGAAGAUAUGAAUUUUAUGUUCUUGCCACUCGAACAUAAAAUUCAUAUCUUCUCGCCACCGAGUAAUAUCCUCUAUAUAUGUUAUAGCCCACUAGUAGUGAAAAGCGCCGGCUUUGAAAACCAAAACAAUAGCGGCUGUAUCGCGUUUUGCUGGCUAAAGUUGUUUUGUCUUGAUAUUUUUGACCAAAUAGUUAGAUUUUACUAAAACAAUUAUUCCUCGAGCCCGAAUGGGCUUUGAGUCAAUAGCCCAUGAGGCCGAGAUAAUUGCUAAAUAACUUACCUAUAUAAGCGCUUAUGAUAUACGAGGUAAAAAAGGCAAUGCUGUGUUUGAGACUUGCAGAGCACCAGCCCAAGUGACGUGCACAAUGAACGUUCCAUUGGCAAACAGAAACGGUUGUCCUCUACCAAUGGCACACAGUAUUCCACUAAUCACUAUCAACACUAUCGUAUGCGUUUUGGGAUAACUUGGAAACUUUCUUGUUUUUUGGCCGUUGGCUCGCCUACGCCGAGACCCAAACUAACUCCUACUCAGCUUAGCAAUCGCUGAUCUAAUCGUCACCUUGAUAUGCGAGCCACUUCUUCUGGCAUACAUCAGCCAGAGAAUAUUCUUCCAUAAGCGUACAACAAGCCCGAAAGCACUUGCGCUCGGCAUUUUGGUCAGUUUUUCAUGCACCUCUUCAUUUUUACAUUUAGAGGCAAUCACUAUUGAUCGUUCUGCUGCCGUUGUGUUUCCACUGCGUCACAAAAUCUUCAUGAAGAAAUGCGUUCGAACAGUUUCGUUGAAACUGACUUUCCGAAUGGAGUUCCUUGCUGCUUGCACACUGGCUAUCGAAACAAGCGCUUUCACCGUUAGUUGGUUUCCUAUACUCAUUGUGUUUGAAACUAAAAGACCGAAAAUAACCAGCCCUCUACACAUGUGGCGCCUAACUCUGGCUAGGUUAAACUCAGCCAUGAACUUCUUGAUUUACUCUACUAAAAUGCGGGACUUAAAAGAUUCAUACCUCGGUAUCUUACGACAGAUGUUCCGCCUGUAGAGUGGUCGAACUACUUUAGAAGGGAACUCGUUAUGAAGAAAGUUAUUUUUAAUUAGUAUUUCAUAACAUGAAGUGUUAUUACUUGUUGCCUGUUAUUAUAUGUACACUAUUUUUAGUUGAUAAUAUAUAGAUUUAGCCAGGGAUAAAAGCGAAGCUCUCGAAAAUAUUUAUAGUUUGUUCAAACAAAAUAUGAAAUCGAGCAAUGCUAAGCGGAGAGGGCAUGCAACGCCGAAAAACGAUGAAAAACAACAAUAAGUCUAAUUACCAAAAGUUGUUUUGCACGACUACAACGUGGAACUUCCGGAAAAUUCUUAGUUACACGUUUUAUGGAGGAAAUGUCGUACGUGUUCCAGUUCACUUUUUUUCACUGAUAUUCAUUUUCACCUUGCAUUGGUCACUGCCGCUACAAUAUUUUUCUGUUGUUCUUCCAACAAAAAAAAUGUCUCCUUUGUUUUUUAUCUCUCGCUCUAAAUCCCUGUCGCCCUUUAUCUCGUUGAGCUUCGCUGGCCUGCCGCCCACUUCCUCUUUUCCUCUGUCUUUGUCUUGCUCUAUAUUCCAAAUUUGUGGACAUGACAAUUUAUCUAAGCUUAAUACUUUAGACAACAAGGAUAAAGAAACAAUUUCCGCUUUCCGUUUUCGUCUUUAUUGACUCUUUUGUUGUCUCUGCUUUACAAGACGCCGGUGGCUAUAAAUAACCUCGAGUCGCAUUUGGGUUACCAUACCUGUUGAUUGAGUUAUUUUACAUUAAUAUGCCUGUGGUGCGGAUGGACGGUCUCUCAGGCGGGUGGUCGGUGUACGGUCAUGUGAUUACCAAAUUUUCUCGGAUGGGUAGAUUACUUUAUUUUCUUACUCAUGGUGCUCCGCUGGCGCGCUUCGCGCGCAAGAGCUCUUCUAUUAGGAGAAACGCAGUGGCAAACUGAGCAGCGCAAUAAACUGCUUUCUGGUAACGCUCUGACAUCAGCCUGGGGCAUUCAAAACUUUUAUUUAUUAUUUUAAAUUUAUUUAUUUUGUAAAAUAUCUGCUUCAAGUACCAAAUACUGUUCAGAAAUGUCAAUAAUUUUCAUUUCUAGGUAUCUGUUUAGAUGUACAGAAGAUAUUCGGAGCUAUUCUAGCAAAUUCUGCUUCCCGCAAUUGGCAAGCAAAAAAGUAAAAGAUUCCGUAAAAGGAUAUAGCCAUGAGAAAAUCUCACGUUUUUGCCCUAAACUUUGAAUAUUCAUAUAGAAUUUACGGAAAAUGAUAGGAAAGUCCAAGUAAGUUCCAAGAAACUGAAGCUGCCCUAGAACGCCGCAAUUGAACAGAUUGACAAACCCUGGUAUAGGUUGGCGGGUAUUGCUUUUGGCAAGAAACUAAAAACGAAAAAAGACUCUCUAGUAUAGUUAUCAAAAAUGCAUUUGCCCGCGGAAGGGCAAUCCGGAGCAGCCUCCCCUUAAUUUAAAACUCAUUUAUUUAGUGCAUUUUGAUGAGGUACAUAAUAAUCAACGCCGUGUUAGCUGCUUUCCUAUCAUUACUCGUGGAAAUUAAAUUACCAGGCUUCAUCGGAGCAUGAGCUCGCUAAGUUGAUAUAGUAAGUUGUAAGAAGCACUGACUGUAACUAGAUGACUUUUGGCUACAACCAUUACGACCUCAGUUUCCCGGCUAAGCUCGCGGGGCUUUCCGACUCUAUGUUGGUCAAAUCCNUAUUGCUUUUGGCAAGAAACUAAAAACGAAAAAAGACUCUCUAGUAUAGUUAUCAAAAAUGCAUUUGCCCGCGGAAGGGCAAUCCGGAGCAGCCUCCCCUUAAUUUAAAACUCAUUUAUUUAGUGCAUUUUGAUGAGGUACAUAAUAAUCAACGCCGUGUUAGCUGCUUUCCUAUCAUUACUCGUGGAAAUUAAAUUACCAGGCUUCAUCGGAGCAUGAGCUCGCUAAGUUGAUAUAGUAAGUUGUAAGAAGCACUGACUGUAACUAGAUGACUUUUGGCUACAACCAUUACGACCUCAGUUUCCCGGCUAAGCUCGCGGGGCUUUCCGACUCUAUGUUGGUCAAAUCCAGUAGUUAUAAUUGCUAACGCAUUGAUCGAUAUUAAAUAAGUGGGGAUAUUAAUCUCAAAAUGACCAUUAUGAUGAUAAUACAUCUUAAGGUAUCUGAGCGUUUUCUCUCAUGUUCUGAUUGGUGGAGAGCUAUUUUCAAUUUUGAAGUGCAGACGAUGGAAAAAACGAAAUGGCGACGCAAUUUUCCUUUUUCCCUCCCCAGCGAGUGUCCUAGAAACUUUAACAAAAAUGGACGUCAAAGUUGUCAAUCGAUGUUACCGUAAAAAAAAUCGACAGAAUUUUUCCGGGAUCUAAAACUCCCAACUCCUAAUUCCACUUGAGUUAAAAACAUUUUGACGUCAUUUUUAUGGUAGAUUAGAGUACAGACCAUGGGAAUUUGUUGUGGAUUUGUUAAAUCAAUGCAUAAUCCAUCACGGUUAAAAAUAAGAAGUAUAAUAACAACUAUUUUCUGACGUUCGGAUACUAGCAAGGUCUGCUCUGGGAUCAGGUAAACCAAAGACAGACAGCAUGUGCUAACUGCACGAAAUGCGGUUGGUAAGGUAGUAUUAACAUUUUUUUGUUGCGGAUAUCAAGCUGGCUGAUCAUAGUAUAUUGUUAUCAUUCAGUAGUUUGAGAGUUUCAGAAUGUCUGUUUCUUGCUUACGUCAGUCGCACUAAAUUCAUUCAAUGUUGAACGGCUCGGCAUGUUUGACAAUUUUUGAGAGGGUGAGGUAUUGUGUACUAACUGUUUUGGUGAAAUGAUAUCAUUCUGUUAUAUUUAUUCGAUAACAAUGUUAUGUCUGGUUUGCUUUUGGCGUGUCUGGUUUGCUUCUGUCUUCUUGUGCUAAAGAUAUACCCCAUUUGUUUUGUCACCGUAUGUUACACUUGCAUAUGCGCGUAUCUAACACACACCAAUCUGGAUUUCGUCAACUUAAACCUGCUUUCUUCCAUUUUAAAGAAUACUUCGUUUGUCUGUGACAAAUACGUAAAUCAUGAAAAAGUAACAUAAAGAGCAGAAAAAUAGACUGACUAUUUGGACUGGUCAAUUUAUAGAUAUCUCUUUUUUUUUUUUUGCUUGAAGGCCUGUUUUAAACUCUAUGAAACUACACAGCCAUGCAUGUUUUGAAACUCACAACAAAUUCCAAAGAUCUUUUCGGUGAAAGUGUUUCUGUUAAAUGUGUAACAAACUUUUUCCCGUGUAAUUGUGGUAGUCACCCGCCGAUAUAAUGGUGGAAAUCAAGUAAUGUGAUAUUGACCUAAGCAGAUAUUAUGCGUCGACACUGAAUCGAUUAAGGCUAAACUUCACGAACACUAUACCGGUACAAUGUUUUUAAUGCAGAAAAUGGGUCUUCAACAACAAUAACAAGAAAAACAACAACUUAGUAAAGUAACAGAAAUAAUGACGAUGCCUAACUUAGUUCAACUAGUCAACAGCCUCUUAAUUAGUCAUCUUUUUUCGACGUUUAAUUCACGUCUUCAUAUUGACCAUAGUCUGGAUUACCCAAGUAAACUAACAACAUACAAUAUGUAUUUGCAUUUAUUACUAAAAGAUAUAUUGCUAGCAAGCUAGUAUUUGCUGUUAUAGCUGUCAACUUCACGUAUCUGAUUAUUGUUAUCAUAGCGUAUUGAAAGAGAGUUUCAGAAUGUUUAUUUCUGGCUUACGUCCUAGGACUAAAUAUAGGUUAUUCUGCGUCAAAAUAGAUCUGAAAUAUCAAAGAGGGCCGUUAACAAAUGUAUUUAUACCUUCCUUCCAAUGUUUUCCUAUUCACAUAUGUUUAGUGUUGGACGCAAAAGGGACUUUAAUCCUGCUGAUUUUUCGCCCGUGCAGUGCAUCAGACCAGACGACAACAUGAAUGAAUCUUCGGAGAACGCAAACAGUUGUUCUCUUCCCCCGGCUCAUGGUAUUCCACUGAUCGCAAUCAAUUUUAUCAUAUGCGUUCUGGGAUCACUUGGAAACUUCCUGGUUUGUUUGGCCAUUACUACAAACUCUCGCCUACGCAGAGCUUCAAACUACCUUUUAUUCAGUUUAGCGAUCGCUGAUCUAAUCGUCACUUUGGUAUGCGAACCACUACUUUUGAAAGUAAUAAUCACGAGGACAUUCUUUCAUGAGUGCACAAAGAGGCUGCAGCUUACGUACUCCAUUUUAUCACAAAUUUCAUGCGGCAGUUCAGUUUUACAUAUGGUUGCAAUCAGUUUUGAUCGUUUCGUUGCCGUUGUGUUUCCACUACGGCACAAGAACUUCAUCGAGGGAUGUGGACUUAAGCUUAUGCUUAUAAUAUCCUGGUCAAUCCCGAUUCUUGGACGCGUUUUGGUGUCUAUCGUUCCGCCGGCCUCCUAUCCCGGCAAUUUUAUCGGACUGGGAACCUUUGCCUUGAGCUAUUUCUUUAUUUUCUUUUUCUAUUUUCUAAUCGUGCUAUUUCUGCUCCACUACAGAAAGACAAGAAAGCACCUAGGUGCCCGAGCAAAUUCUGUGAAAGUCACUUUCAGGAGGGAGGUCCGUGUAACUUGCACACUGGCUAUCGCAAUCGGCGUUUUCACGGCUUGUUGGGUUCCUCUGAUGACUGUAUUCUUUGCCGCUGGAAAACUAAUUAUAAAUCGAAACGGCUCUCUACUCAUGUGGCUCCGAACCCUGGCUCUGUCCAACUCAGCCAUGAACUUUCUGAUCUACUCUGCUAAAAUCCGGGACUUCAAAGAGGCAUACGUUUAUAUUUUUCGAAAGAUGCUCCGCCUGUAG